AUGAAUAUAUCUACUGAAACAUGGCGUCAUUUCGAAUGGAAUGAACAUGAGAAGAAGAAGCAGUCACAAUCGAGCCUGAAAAUGACUCUUGUCACACAGGAUGGUUUCCCCAAUAUCGUGGAAGACACGCCCUCUAUCAUCGAGCGCAAGCAUAGUUUCUCAGGUUACUCCUUACCCAAUGCUUCAACAUGCAAUCCGGCUCCAAGGAAUGUGUUUGACAUCGACUCAAUUGACAAUGAAGAUAAAAAUGACAUGUCGGACGCAACCAUGACUGUCGUGCCUGGGCAGUAUUCACGCCAGCUAAUUCUUUCUGACAUACGCAUGACCGAACCCGAUGGGUCUACUGUUUCGCUCGGAUAUACGAUCACUGCUGAAUAUCCAAUGGAUCCUGCUUUUUGGCGAAAGUACUAUCCUGAUACUAGGUGGGGCAAUCCUUGGGAUGGAACAAACUGGGACAGCGUCCUAUUCGGUGAACAGUUUGUCAUCACAGACUUUUACGAAAGCAGGGCUAUUCAAUUUGAACCAGCUCAUGGAGAAUCGGUGGCGCUCUUUGUCUUGGUUGCUUAUUUCCCUGUGUUUGGUAAAUAUCUACCUAUUGGGAACUCCCAUGACUGGUUGAAUGAGACUGAAUAUGAUAAUGGUAUUAUUGCUACUGAUACACACAAGAUUAUGCCGUCAUGUGGUAUUCGAUGCUCUUCGUGUGUGAAGUUCUUUGGGAACAUGUUAACCGAUCUUGAAGAUGUUGGUGCUUGUGAUGAACCAGUUUUGGACACUUCAAGUACUUACAAUGAUGACAUCAUGUCCGACGCAUAA